AUGGGCCUCAUUGACUGCGCCAACACGCCCGGUGUGAAAAUGUCCGGUCCGGAAAGCGGCAGAGUGGCGACUGUUUACGAGAGGGGUUUGCAUUUGAUGCGCAACCCGGUCUAUAACAAGGCGGAGGCAUUCACAGAGGCCGAGCGUGAGGAGCUUGGGCUCAUUGGCUUGUUACCUCCCAAGGUCCUCAGCAUUGACACUCAAGUGGAAAGAUGCAUGCAACAGCUUCGAACCAAGGAUACAGAUAUAGGCCGCUACAUCUACCUGGAAGGUGUACACAAUCGCAAUGAAACGUUGUAUUAUCGUCUGCUUCUGGACAACAUCACGGAUCUGAUGCCCAUCGUAUACACUCCGUCGGUGGGUCAGGCCUGCAAGGACUUCGAUCGUAUUUUCCGAGGCUCUCGUGGUAUUUACUUUAAUAUCUCGGAGAAAGGCAACUUCAAACAAGUCAUCUGGAACAGCAAUGUUCGUGAUGCUGAUAUCAUCGUGGUCACUGAUGGUUCUCGUAUUCUUGGUCUUGGUGAUCUUGGUACCAACGGUAUGGGUAUCCCUAUUGGUAAACUCUCCCUUUAUGUCGCAUGUGCCGGUAUCAACCCUGGCCGCACUGUGCCUGUUACCCUUGAUGUCGGUACUAAUAACCCGGAUCUGCUCAAUGAUGAUAUGUACCUUGGUGAGCGCCAUAAGAGAGUCGAUGGUGAGGAGUACUAUGCUGCUGUGGACGAGUUUGUCGAUGCUGUCCGUUCCCGUUGGCCCGGUGUCCUCAUCCAAUUCGAGGACUUCACUAAUGAUCACGCCUUCCCCCUCCUCAAGAGGUAUCAAGAGAACAUCUUAUGCUUUAAUGAUGAUAUCCAGGGUACUGGCUCUGUCGCCCUGGCAGGAGUACUCACCGCAAUGCGAGCCAAAUCCGAGGCUCUCGCUGACCAACGCAUCGUUUUCUUCGGGGCCGGCUCUGCAGCUGUCGGG